GGCUCUUACUGAAAACACAGCGGAAGGAUUGUUGGACAAGGCUAGCAGCAAGCUAGCUUAUUUUAGCCUUCAUUCUCUUAUUUGUGUGUGUCGUAUCAUAUGCAGAGAGAUGUGGUUUAUUUAUUUACUGAGCUGGCUGUCGCUGGUCGUCCAGAUAUCUUUCGUCACACUAUCGAUAGCGGCUGGCCUGUAUUACUUGGCAGAGCUAAUAGAAGAGUACACAGUAGUAACAAGUCGAAUAAUAAAGUACAUGAUCUUGUUCUCCACAGGUGUGCUGCUGGGUCUCUAUGUUUUUGAAGGCUUCCCUCUGUUAAUGGUGGUAGUCGGCCUCUUUACAAACCUGGUGUAUUUUGGCCUCCUGCGAACCUUUCCCUACAUACUGCUGAGCUCCCCCAACUUCAUCCUCUCCUGUGUGUUAGUGGUGGCGAACCAUUACAUGGCCUUCCAAUACUUUGCACAAGAAUAUUACCCUUUUUCAGAGGUGCUGUCAUACUUCACCAUCUGCCUCUGGGUCAUCCCCUUUGCCUUCUUUGUGUCACUAUCGGCAGGAGAAAAUGUGCUUCCAUCCACCAUGCAGCAAGGAGAUGAUGUGGUGUCUAAUUAUUUCACCAAGGGAAAGCGAGGCAAGAGGUCCGGGAUCCUUCUUGUAUUCUCCUUCCUCAAGGAGGCGGUACUUCCCAGUCGACAGAAAAUGUACUGAAGGACUCGGGGGUGCAGACUCUGGGCUGGGGAUGAGUCGGUGUGAUGAGAAGUUGGACAUGGAAUGGUAAUGCAGGAAGGACGGUGGACAGUUUUUUGGUGGAAUUGACUAAAAGCAAAGCAGCAGCCAAAACAACAAGGGGGGGAAAACGCACAAAAAGGACGGACCAACGAACAGACUGGAUGAUUGAGUUUACAAAACCAACGUUCAUCUUUGGGUUUGUUCCAACUGCCAACAACAUCUACAGUCCUGACAGUAGCGCAGUGAUUUUUGUAUCAUCACAAUAAUUUUUUAAGCUUGAGGCAAUGUAUGUGUGAUUUGAAACAAUAACUGACAAACUGAAAAUGUUGGCUGGGAUGGAUAAAUCAUUGUUGGAUUUCCUCUUAAAGAUUUCUUCUGUUGUUUUUGCGUUUGUCUGAUUACGUGUUUAAGGUAGCAGAAAAGCCAUGUAGGAGGGAUAAAAAUGUUUCCAUUUAAUGAGGGGUAGAUUACAGAGAGCCAACGUGCGGAAGCCGAAAAUCCUUAAAUGAAUCACUUUGAAGGAGGAGUUUAAAGUCUGUUAAGAUGGAUAUGGUGAGUUUGGUUGGUGGUAAGUGUACUUCCUUUAAAUCUGGUGAAAGAAACUCUUAUUUUAUGUCUUAAUUUCAGUGCGUUCCAUUGCUCUGGAUCAGUUAAACCUGUUGUCGGUAAUUUUUCUGCUCUGCCAUUUCCCAUCUUACAGUUUUGUUUUGAACACUUGAAGGCAGCGUCUGAAACAUUAACCAAUAUCUCACACUCUUUAGGGAAGUCUCAAACCGUCAUUACUCAGAACAUGAACAGAUACUUGCCUUCUUUUGGGAUGUUUUGGACUCAUAAUUUGCAUUUCUUUUCCAAUAGGAAUCCAUUCUUACCCCUAGAGUGUUUCGUUUUACAAAUUUAGGGAGUUUGUUUCCAUCACGUUUUAUUUGUUGUAAGGUGCGUUUAUGUGACUCAAAAGACCUUUAUCUACUGGCAGAAGGGUUGCUUCUAGUUAUUCUUGAUAAUAAUAUCAAUUGUUAUAAGAGUCUAGUAGCUUACUUAAAACUUUUAAAUUCUUUACUAAUGAAUAUAAACUGCUACUCGGAGGUUAAGCAGGUUACAGCGAAAUGGCAACACUCUAUGAAUCUGGUCUCAAUGCUACGAUUCGCUUUAACUCUUUAACCACUCAAUAGCACUGACUGGUGGCUACCUCCCUCUCUUAAUCUUUAACUGUCAACGUUUUUUUUUUUUUGUAUCUAAGGUUAAAUAUGACAUGAGAGACAAAUGUAAAAACUGAAGAUCAAACCUGUGAAAUGAUGUUUGUAGGGUGAAAGAUGCCGGGAGAUGAAAACUGCACAGUUUAGCUUUAUGACGGCAACACUACAGCAGAUGAGAAUGUUCGCAGGAUUCAUCAUAGGUUGCUAUGCACACAGCUGUGAAAUAAAAACUUUUAUGGAAAAUAAAA